AUCGUUGAUGUAUUUUUCUACAUAAAAAUAAGCGCUUGACAUUUCGAGAGUGAAGAUAUUGAUUCGAUCAUAAACAAAUUUUCAUGAUUAGUACCAAAAAAAGCUAUAUUGGAUUUGUGACAAUGCUUCGUACCAUGUUAGUCUAGUAAACAGCAGCAGGUGGUAAAUAUAUACCGGAUGUCUCAAAAAAUGUACGUCAUAAUUUACUUGAAUAAAUCUUUUUUGACGGUAGAGUAACUGCUCAACCCACCGACCUGACGCGAAUGAGUUUUUGUGAAGAUACCUUAGAGACAAUCUACGCCAGAAAAGCGACAUAACGAGAAAUCGCGUUUGUGAAUCAAGAGCCCACCAUUAUAAGAAGCUUAUUGGCUAGAAACGCAAAAAAUUUUAACUAUUGCAUUAAGAAGGAAAGUUAGCAUUUCAUAUAGGAAGUUUUACAAAUACUGUAAAUGAAGACUGAAAUUAUAAUUAAUUAUUAUAAUGAAAUAUUUUGUAUGUUGUACUCCCCUUAUAUAUAUACCAGCCGAAAUAUAUAUAUAUAUAUAUAUAUAUGUCUUUAAAGGCUGGUAACUAAGUUAAACUGUUUAGUUGUAUACCUAAAUUGGGUAGAAUCGUUAUCGUCACGAGAAUAUUUUUGUUACGGUAAAAGGUUCGUCAACAAAAUCAUUUUUUUUUUAUGCAGUUCGUGGUGUUUCUUGCCUACUUACUGGAUCAUUGAAGGUUUUAUCUUUCAAACAAUGUAUACCGUGUUGCGUAAGUCUCCCAACUAAGUCAUGAUAUUGUUUUGGGCCACGUCGAACCUUUUUUGCCUCCUCGAUAGGACUACUUUUGCUUAAAUAGGAAAAAUAAAAAGUAGUAACUCCACAUUUAAAACGAUUUUACUAUGAUAAUUGAUAAUACGAGCUAACAAAACCGCUCCUUACCAUUCUUAUUUCGUGAAGUCCACUGGCCACUAGUUAUAAUGCAAUUAAAAUUGGCUUCGGUGAUUUAAAGAAAUCUUUACAGAGAAAAGAUAUAUAAUUUGUCUGUUAUUGCUGCCUUAUCAUUUGCUAGUUCAAAAUAAAAUACUAAGCAUUAUUUUCCGUCGCUUGUACAACUUAGUUUUCUAACCAAUUACUAGUACAACACCACACAUUAUAAAAAUUGUUAAUUUUAGACCCAUUAGUGCCGUUAUGCCUGGCUUUGAAUGUUGCUUUGAACUUAGAUUACAUCAUGUGUCCUUAAGUUUAGUGUGCCAACACAUUACCACUGGUUAUUACGAGAAUGACACCGUUGUGUGUGUUUCGUAAGAAAGUUCAAGAAAAGAUCCGGGCUAUAUCUUCUAAAGCCAGCUCUUGUUUGUUUGUAGGCCGAAAAUUCCAGACGUUGAAGAGCUCCUGGGGGAUAACAAAGCCAUCUGUUCUUGUCUCAGCGUGCUUGGGGAAGACAGAUAGAAUCUAAGAACAGAAGAAUAGGCUAAGGUGGUGGGAGGAAUACGUGGCCCGUAACCACAUAGAGGUACAAUGAGCGACCAGAGCGACUCCUUAAGACACUCGGAGGUAGACCAUGCAUCACACCUCUCUGAGUGGAUCGGGUCUCUGCUGUCAAGCGCGAAUUACUCGGACAUCACCCUCGUGGUCGAGGGUGAGCGUCUUCAGGCGCACAGACUUGUACUUGCCUCAUGCUGCGAAUACUUUCGGGCUCUUCUCUAUGGAGGGAUGCGGGAAUCUACCCAAAAAGAGGUCGAACUUCCGGAUGCUCCGUUAAAGGCGUUUAAAUUGCUAUUGCGCUACAUAUACACCGGCCGUCUUUCCUUGAGUGGUCUUAAAGAGGAUAUGCUUCUCGACAUGCUUGAGCUCGCGCAUCAGUAUGGCUUCGAGGCGCUUCAGGGUGCGAUAUGCCGCUAUCUUCAGGAAAUCCUAUCUGUGCGUAACGUCUGUGCGGUGUACGAUAAGGCGCAACUUUACAGUCUCGAUCAAUUAUCAAAGACAUGCUGUCGCUUUAUUGACCGGCAUGCUGCGCUAAUUUUGAACAGUGAUGCCUUUCUUCAGUUGUCGGCUGGCGCUUUGAAUGAGAUGCUUUUACGUGACUCAUUUUACGCCAAGGAAAUAGACAUUUUCGAAGCAGUGCAUCGGUGGUACGUUGAUAAGGAGGAGCUUGUCUCCGAAGGAACAAUGACAGAAAUACUCGAGAAAGUUCGUCUUCCGUUGAUGGAUACUGGUGAUAUUCUUGGCUUGGUUCGAAACUCGAAAUUAUUUAGCGCAGAUUGCCUUCUCGACGCGAUCAAGACGAAGAAAGAAUGCCUCGACGUAGAUUUAAAUUAUCGCGGCCAACUGAUCAUUGACGAGAACAUAGCCGUACCCCAGCACGGUGCACAAGUGGUAACAGGCGAACAGCCGCAGGAACUACUUCAGCCGAGAUCGGAACGCUCUUACGACGGCGACCGCGGUUUUACGCGACAUAACAUCGAAGAUGAAAAUGGGAUCACCAUUGACCUGGGCGGCAUGUUUAUCAUAAACCAUAUCGUGUUGCUGCUGUGGGACAAAGAUUCACGUUCUUACUCGUACUACAUUGAGGUUUCGCUGAACCGUGCAGAUUGGUGUCGCAUCAUUGACCAUUCGACGUACCUGUGCCGCUCCACGCAGAAGCUGUACUUUGAUCCUCGAGUUGUACGCUAUAUUCGUGUCGUUGGCACCCAUAACGCUGUUAAUAACGUUUUUCACCUAGUAUCACUCGAAGCAAUGUACAGCUCGAACCCGUUCAAAUUGAGCCAAGGCAUAUCUGUACCAGAAGAGAAUGUGGCGUCGGUGGAGCGGAAAGCUUGUGUUGUUGAGGGCGUGAGUCGGUCGCGGGAUACGUUGAUCAAUGGAAACUUCACCGACUACGAUUGGGACUCGGGUUACACAUGUCAUCAACUAGGUUCCGGUUAUAUAGUGGUUCAGCUGCCACAACCAUAUAUGAUUGACUCAAUGCGACUUCUGCUGUGGGACUGUGAUACGAGGUCCUAUUCGUAUUACGUUGAGACAUCUGUUGACAAGAAGGAAUGGACCCGCGUUGCCGAUAGGACGGGUCAGUUGUGCCGCUCCUGGCAAAUUUUGACUUUCGAACCAUUACCCGUGGUCUUUAUCAAAAUCAUUGGCACGCACAAUACCGCGAACGAGGUAUUUCACUGCGUUCAUUUCGAAUGUCCAGCACAGGUGCGCAGCCUUGAGGAACGUUCGAACUCGCCACCGUUAGACAUGCUUCCAUUUGUUCCUCCUGCAGACAACGUUGCGCAGGUCCCGCUGAAUCGGCCACUGGAUUGUCGUAGAGAUGACUUGUGAUUCUCUUGAGUAUAGAUGGGGCAAUGAGUCAUCUAACGAUAACGUAUGCGAUAUAACCAGUUUGUUUUGGGGGUGAAAUAAUUGGACUUGUGGCACACACUACCACAAUUUAGUGCUGCUCUUUUGCUGCCGGUUUUAAGAUGAUCUGAAGCUGUGCCUUUGUACAUUAAAGGCAGUAUCUAGAUAAAAGAAAACUGGUUAGCAUUUAUCUAUUUAAUUCUAUUCAUUAUGUCUAAUGUGCAUCAUUGUCUAUCUCAUUUCACAAGCUAUUAUACAAUAUGAUUGACAAGCUUUAUACAGACAGCUCAACUCAGUUCAACAAGGUCAUACGAAGUCAGAUAAUGAAACAAACUUUAAGUACCUACUUGUACUGAUAUUGUAAGUUAUGAGGAUAUCCCUAUAUAGACAAAAGACGAUAAGAGUACCUCUUUUUCCCGUCUUUUGAUUCCACGUAAAAAGCUGUAGACAUAGUUUUUAUCGACUGUACUCGAUCGUAACGAUCGUACAUUUGAAUGUCCCUACUAUAUAACAAUAUAUCACAAAUAUAUUCAUUUUAUACGUUUUUAUUUUUCGUCGCUACUGACAUACGUGGUGAUUUGCUAUUACGAUUUCUUAUGAUAUAGCAAAUCGUAGUAAUGUGUUUAGCGACAUAGACUGAAGUGAGCAACAUGUGAUAGAAUAGUUGCGUUAGUCUGAUUAUUACUCUUAUAGGAAAGGAGGCGGUCAAGCACCAACGAAUCAAGAUUUUUUUAAAUCCAAACGUAGCAUCGCAAGAUAGAAAACAGAGGAACUACUGAAAAUAUUCAUGCAGAAAGCAGAACACGACGGACGUAAGUUCCAUUUUUGCGCACACUUAAUGGCUCCGUUGGAUUGUGUGUGGAAGUAUCGACAGGAAUUUACUACACAAGGCCCACGGUUAACUGCCUUUAACAGAAUUACCUUCGAACUUCUUCUGUCACUGCGCUACUAACAAACUUCAAUGAUUUGCCUGCACUUAUUAAUGCACUUAGCGCGCAUGCAAUUGUGAUUACAAAGAGGAAUUAACGAGCAGUCACAUAUGAACGCAACAGUGUAAACAUGAUGUAAAUUAAUAAUGGUAUAAUAACAAUAAUAUAAAUAAAAGUAAUUGUCAACUGA